CGAGGAGCCCCUGGUGCCGUUUGACACUCUUGCGCAGCACGAGGAGAAAAAGAGUCGUGGGAUGGGCAUGGCAUUGCACGGUCAUUCAAGCCUGCAUACUUCGAAAGCCCCACGUGUGGGUGGAUCGCUUCUCGUUGACGGAGCCGUCCUUGCCGUUGCUGCAGCGACA